AGAGCGGUCUGCUUACACAGUGCUGUUUUCGAAGAAUAGCUUCUAACACCAAGAAAAAAAGUUGUUGCCAGAAUAAUAUGCGAACAGAUCAUGAAGAACUCUGUGGCACCAGUUAUGGAUCUUUUUGUCUAAAUGGAGGGAUUUGUUAUAUGAUUCCUACUGUAUCCAGUCCAUUCUGCAGGUGUAUUGAGAAUUACACAGGAGCCCGUUGUGAGGAAGUUUUGCUGCCCAGCAUCAAAUCCCAAACAAAAGGGGACCUGUUUGCAGUUUUCUUGGCUUCAGUUGUUCUUCUAGGAGUUCUUGUAAUUGGAACAUUCUACUUCCUUUGCAGGUAAAAGUGCUUCAGAGUGCUGAAGCUAUUCAAUCAAGUAGA